UCGUCGGCGUGUGACGUCAGGAUCGCCAUGGCCAGCUAUCCGUACGGACCGGGCUGCCCAGGAGCUGCAGGACAAGCACCGGGAGCCCCUCCGGGCAGCUACUACCCUGGACCCCCUCACGGUGGAGGGCAGUAUGGCAGCGGACUACCCCCUGGUGGUGUUUAUGGGGGUCCUGCCCCUGGAGGGCCUUAUGGACCACCAGCUGGUGGAGGGCCUUAUGGACACCCCAACCCUGGAGGUCUCCCUUCUGGAACUCCAGGAGGACCAUAUGGUGGUGCAGCCCCAGGAGGCCCCUAUAGUCAACCACCUCCAAAUUCCUAUGGUGCCCAGCAGCCUGGGCCUUAUGGACAGGGUGGCGCCCCUCCCAAUGUGGAUCCCGAGGCCUACUCCUGGUUCCAGACAGUGGACUCUGAUCACAGUGGCUACAUCUCCAUCAAGGAAUUGAAGCAGGCCCUGGUCAACUCCAAUUGGUCCUCGUUCAAUGAUGAGACAUGCCUUAUGAUGAUAAACAUGUUUGACAAGACCAAGACAGGCCGCAUUGAUGUCUAUGGUUUCUCAGCCUUAUGGAAAUUCAUCCAGCAGUGGAAGAAUCUCUUCCAGCAGUACGACCGGGACCACUCGGGCUCUAUCAGCUACACGGAGCUGCAGCAAGCUCUGUCCCAAAUGGGCUACAACCUGAGCCCCCAGUUCACCCAGCUCCUGGUCUCCCGCUACUGCCCGCGCUCUGCCAAUCCUGCCAUGCAGCUCGACCGCUUCAUCCAGGUGUGCACCCAGCUGCAGGUACUGACCGAGGCCUUCCGGGAGAAGGACACAGCUCUACAGGGCAACAUUCGGCUCAGCUUCGAGGACUUUGUCACCAUGACAGCUUCUCGGAUGCUGUGACCCAGCCCAUCUGUCAAAGUGGAAUGCACCAGGGACCUUUCCUGGCUCCUUGAAAUGGGAGAAGCAUGUGGGCCUCUCUUCCUUUUCUGCCCCUCUUAGAAAAAGAUUCUCUCUUGCUUGAUGCAGCACUAUUUCCAAAGAGGGUUGAAAGUCAUGCGUCACAGCCACUCAGUAGUGGGGACUGGGUUGAGGCCACACAGGGAGGGGCCUGAUCUAGGAGAGGACUGUAAGUUGAAUAUCCUGACAGCUCUGAGCAGUUGAAUGGCAUGGCCUUGCACCAGGAGCAGGAGAUGCCAGUCAUUGCAAUAGAGUUAGUGUCUGGGCAGCUGGGCUCUGGCCUCUAGCUUUCCCUUCUACACCCUGCCAUCAGUGGUAAGUGUUCUUAGGCCUCUUACCAUUAGCACUUGGGUUCCCUCCCCCAGGCUGUCCUGUCAGAUGAGCCCAGUUUCUCCAAAGUAGAAUCUGACCAAGCAUGAGAGAGCUUUGCCCGUGGGACCAGUGACUUGGAUUCCAUCUCACCCACAAGUUCCUGUGUGUUAACUUCUAGCUGCCUGGGGGCUGUCCCUGCUCAGGGGGCUCAGGCAGCUGGCUCUCUGAGUCUCUUUGGCCAGGCUACUGCCCUCUGAAGCUUGGAUCCCUCACUUGCCUGCCAUGCUCUGCUCGGCUUCAGUCCCCAGGGGACAGUUGUUACCUCCCACUGCCAGUGCUUUUUUUUUUUUUUUUUUUGGCAGUUUUUUCAUUUGGGGCCAAAAGUCCAGUGAAAUUGUAAGUUUCAAUAAAAGUAUGAAAUUCUGAAGUUC